AUGUAUCACGCAUCUAUUAAAAAGCACGCGCGCAUUCAUCAUCGCGCAAGAAAGAACGCCUCUCGCGCUUCUCGAUCAAUGUACCCCUCUCUCUUAAGACGAGGUCCCAUCAAAAAAUCUACUCUGGCCAUCCAAUCACCACCAGUUCCCGACAAUAUGGCUAUCGAUAAAGAUGCGAUCACCAACACCAAUCCUACCGCAUCCAGUGAUCCCGACGCUCUUCAUGAGGAUCAAACUGUCACUCUCUCCGACGCCUCUACAUACGCCGAGAACGAUCUCGACAUGGCAGAAUAUCAUCCCAGCAGCGUGUACGCACUCACCAAGAAGCUAUCUUCCAGCAGCACUCUCUCCAAUCAACCAGACAACUCCGAUGUCUGUACAUCCGCUGAAUACGAUGCCGAUGCAGAAUCAGUCAUCACAUGCGUCGACCUCGACGAAAUGGCCGCCGCCCUCUGGGCCGAAGGCCGCGGCUUCUGGGUCCACGAUUUCGCGCGGGUGCGCCAGUUCGAGGAGGAAAAACGAAUCGCGGAUAUGACGGGAGGGGGCGAGACAUGUUUUGCGGCGAAACAUGUGGAGGAAGAGGUUGAGGGUGCUGUGAGUGAGGAUAUGCAAGCCUGGAUUGGGUUCAGAUUUUCAGGCGAGCGCAAAGAGGAUCGCAAGAUGAACUUGGAAGAAGAGGUUUCUAAGGAAGGUGGAGUGCGCAAAUUAUCUGACUUGUAG